AUGGAGGGGUCAUCGAAGAAAUCUACCAGUAAGAAGGCAAUGGUUUUACCAAAUUAUAAGGUUGGUAAAACUAUCGGGAAUGGGUCUUUUGCGAAAGUUAAAUUAGCAGUGCAUUUAGCUACAGGACACCGUGUUGCUAUCAAAAUCUUUAAUCGUCUAAAGCUUAAAGACACGGAGGCAGACAUGAAAGUGCACAGGGAGAUCAGAAUACUCCGAUUGUUGAAGCAUCCCAACAUCAUCCGUCAGUAUGAAGUGAUAGAGACGCCUGAUUACAUAUACGUUGUAAUGGAAUAUGUGAAAUCUGGCGAGCUGUUUGACUUUAUUACAGAGAACGGUAGAUUACCAGAAGACCAAGCUCGACAUCUCUUUCAACAGAUCAUAUCUGGUGUAGAGCAUUGUCAUCACAACGGAGUCGUCCACCGAGAUCUAAAGCCAGAGAAUGUGCUUAUGGAUACAGACUGCAACAUUAAGAUUGUGGAUUUUGGACUGAGCAAUGUCAUGGAAAAUGGCAACGUUUUAAAGACAAGCUGUGGGAGCCCUAAUUAUGCUGCUCCAGAGGUUAUUAAAGGAACACCAUAUUCUGGACCAGGAGUAGAUGUAUGGAGCUCUGGAGUGAUACUGUAUGCUCUCUUAUGCGGUUCUCUUCCUUUCAACGACGUAAAGAUUCAGGUUCUAUUCGAUAACAUAAAGAGAGGAUCAUAUGAUAUCCCAGAUUAUUUAUCACCUCUUGCUAGAGAUUUGAUAGCAAAGAUACUUAUGGUUGAUCCGCUGAUGAGAAUCACCAUUCCUGAGAUUCGUCAGCAUCCUUGGUUCAACAAGAAUCUUCCUCCUUGUCUUGCAACUCCUCCAUUAGCUACAACAGAACAAGCUAACAAGAUUAAGGAGGAGAUAGUCCAGAAAGUGGUCGAGAUAGGAUUUGAUAGGAACCAAGUUCUUGCGUCUCUUCUCGAUAAAGUCCAAAAUGAGGCUACAGNCUGCUUUGCCCUAUAUAAGCUACCAGUUAAGAAUCCCAUCGCUAGUGAAGAGUAUGCAGGCUNUGUGCCUAAAGACCAAAAACCUAAAUCCAAGUUUAAGGAGAUAUCGCUAUACGAAGAACUUGCUAGACAGCGCAAGAGGUGA